UUUUGCGGUAAAAUGAGGCAAAGCCCACAACUUUCUUUAAAAUCAAAGGCCCAAUCCAUUAUAAUAUAUGGUACAACUCGGCUGCCGACGUGGCACAUACAAAGGCAUAAAUUAGUAAAUGACGUGGCUAACACGAGGACAACGCAAUGUGAAUGCUGUACCAACGUGUGUCCGCGGAAGCCAUGCACACACCAAAACCGCGUCGCCACGUUCCCCUUACCCAUAAACAGCUUCACGUAAUCACAACCGUACAAUCUCAAUCGAACGGUUAUUAUAAAACCUUUAACAAGUCUCUUUCGUGAAAAGCCUCCAGCCAAUUAUCACCUAACCUUGGAGACUUCGCAAAACAUGAAGAAUAAGUUAAACGAGAUUUCAAUCAUCUAUUAAUCUCAACCGUCCGAUCAAACAAACAACUCACACAAUCCAUGUUAGCAAAAAAAAGUCAAUAAAUAAUAAUAAAUAAUAUAUUUAAAGACAUAGAGAUUGCCAUUGGUUGCGUGUGUGGCUGAGUCAGUAUAACGUAUACAGAAACACAACCAUUGGUGUGAUUAGGUUCUGUAAUAGAUUUAAGGAAUCUAACGUGAAGCAAUCUUCAUAUCAAUCGCAAUAUCGCAUCAUCGUUGAUUCUCUCUACAUUACUGUUUCGUCUGUGAGAGCUGAGAUGGCAAGCAUUUGUUGCGGCGGAGGAGGAGGAAGAGCUUGUGCCGCCGUUCGUUGUGAUCGGCGAACGGUGGCAGUUCGAUCUUCGUAUGUUGUUCCGGUGAUUAAUCGACGGAGUUGGGCAGAUACGGUGAAGCUUUCGACGACGGUGGCUAAUAUGGCGCCGGUGAAGCUUGAACGGACGAACAACGGUGGCGGAUCGGUUGUGUCGCGAGAAAAGAUCGAGCAGUGGUUGAGAGAAUCAGUCGUUGAGAUCGUGAAGAAUCUGAGAGAGACGCCGUUGUUGAUGCACUUAUACGCGGAGGCAAACGGUGGUUUGAGUACGGCGACGACGACGAGUCUAGAGGCGGAGGAUUGGGAGGGGAGGGUAGGGAAGUGGAGUAGAGGAGAAGAGAGGACGCCGGAGGGAGUGAUCUUUGUUGAGAAGCUAAAGGAUGAUGAUGAAGAUGAUGAUGGUCAUGACGAUGGAUACAAGGGUGGAGGAGGUGGAACGAGUGCUUGGGGGAUAGUGGCGCAGGGGAGAGGAACGGAGUGUGGACCGGUUUGUUAUUUGUUGAAGACGACCCGGGUUGGGUCGGGUAUGGGGACGGUUUGCACGCAUUUUUGUUUGGUGAAGGUGAAGAGUUUUAGGGAGACGGGUUUGUCACAGUUGAAUAACUCUUGGUUGGUGCAGACUGGUCAAUGAAUCAUAGUACAGUAUAGUUUUCAUGGUUAUUUAUAAGAGGCUUAAGGGAUUGAUCGUGUAAUUAUUCUCUUUUGGGUUUGAAUUAUAAAACCCUUAUUGAUGAUCAAAAUACCUCAUGUUAUUGUUACAGUAUAUACAUUCAAUCUUUCCAACAUUUUAGAAGCUUGAUUUUAGCUGUGGUAAAGUUAUUUUGGUUAUGGUGAUUUGUUUGAUCAAAGAAC